AUGAGCGUUGCGAAAUCUUGCACCGUUUCUCUGCUGUCGAUUGAAAUCAAUCGAUAUGACAGCGAUCUGCUCGAGAUUCCCCUCGAGACAGGUCUUCACACUCGCGAGGAGAUGGAGGAUACCGUACUCACGAUUCCGAGCGGCUCCUUUCAACUAACAAUUAACGAGGAUGUCGACAGGAAGAAGCUGAAUUUUGUCAUCACCUCAAAUAAUAUCGCAAACGUGCCAAAGGUGGGCCUUAUUGGUAAUGCGCUUAAUAUUUCGGCUAUCGUCCUGAUAUACCGCACACCAUCAUUACACAACUCUUUUGGUUUUAUUUGUGCCUCACAUUUGCUCGCUGAUGUGGGCGUUCUCACUGUGUUUUCAUUUUGGACUGCUCCGGCUGCACUGCUGUACGUUCGUUAUCCUGCUGUGGUAGCUUGUGUGCUGCUAAUGGGCUUCUCAGAUCAGAUAACUCAAUCCUACCUCGCCGGAAGAAUAGGCCAGUUCUGCACUAUAUUCUGGAAUGCUUCAAUAUAUGGUCAGCUGCAAACCGCUCUCAAUCGUCUUUUGGCUAUCAUAUCACCAAUCUUGUACAAGUAUGAUUUUGGGCAUAUGCAUCUUUCGUUAGAUUAUGAAGUUUUCGAUAUCCAUCGCGUAAUGUAG